GCCCGGACCAGCGCGCGUCCGCCCUGCGGCCGCGCCGAGGCUGAGGAACCCGGCCUGCACGGACGCAACGCUCUCGCCCACCCCACGAGCCCCAGCGUCCAGCACUUACCAGCGGCCUUCAGUCGCUGUGCCUUCAGGGCCGCUGUUUUCUGCCUGAGGACUCUGCCCGCUGCUGUGAAGAUGGGAAAUUCCUACUCCGGGCAGCUGAGGACGCCGCGCUUCGCGGAGGUCCUGCACAGCUCCAUCGAGGCGUCGCUGCGCUCCAGCAGCCUGGCGCCCCGGCCCGUCUUCUCCCGGCUCUACCUGGAGGCCGAGCGGCAGCUUCCCUCCCUGGAAGCUGGUGGCCGAGGGGACAAUGAGGAUGAGGAAGAGGAAGGUGACGGGGGAUUGGAAUCAAACAGCCCCCCAAAUCCCUACCAGACGCACCCCCCGCCUGACGGAUGCUGUACCACUGACGGGUUCUGCCAGGCGGGCCGGGACCUGCGCCUGACCACCCUCGCCAGCGAGCCCCUCGACGUCCCCACCGGCUUCCUGCUCGUGGGGGCCAAGGCCCCCGGGCUGCCGGACCACCUCCUGGUGUGCGCCGUCGAUGGGAGGUUCUUGCCCAACGACCAAGGCCACAGCGCCCUUCUCGGUUUCUCUGGGAAUUGUGUGGGCUGUGGAAAGAAAGGCUUCUGCUACUUCACAGAAUUUUCCAAUCACAUCAAUCUCAAAUUGACCACCCAGCCCAAGAAGCAGAAGCACUUGAAGUAUCACCUGGUCCGUGAUGCACGAGGAGCUCUAACCAAAGGCCCUUUGAUUUGUUGGAGAGGCUCAGAGUUCAGAAGCCGGCAGACCCCCACCAGCCCGUGCUCCAGCUCCCCCUUCCAGCCACUGGAGAGCUCCGGGCCUCCGGCUCCCGUCACCACCGAACCCAUUCCUGGAGCAAACGCAAGCGUCCCGAUGGGGGUGCAGCAGGCAGGGCCAGCCCCCGAGCACCCCGCACUGGCCGCCACCAGCCCAGCUGCUUUCAACGGCAAGGAUUCCCCGAAGCGCCCGCAGCUGGUGAACAGGGACCUGCUGGCCCUCCCGAGGCCCCCGGCCCCCGGGAUCGUGUCAAACUCUGGACCACCCAAGAAACGCCACAAAGGCUGGUCUCCAGGAUCUCCAUCCGCCGCAGAAGGUGGUGGGAACGGCGCGAAAUGUGAGAGUGUGGACUUGUCGUCGUGCGCGCCCCAGCCCGGCUUGGGAGGACCCGCUUCAGUCACGUUUCCUGCUGUGGCUUCUGGAGAACCAGUGUCCGUUCCCGACAACUUGCUGAAAAUAUGCAAAGCCAAGCCUGUGAUAUUCAAAGGCCACGGGAACUUCCCUUACCUCUGCGGGAACCUGAGUGACGUGGUGCUCAGCCCUCUCCUGUACACCUGUUACCAGAAUUCCCAGUCUGUCUUGCGGGCGUACGGGCAGUGUGGCACGUCCACGGUGCAGCCCAUCUCGGAGGAGAUGCAGCUCUUACUCACGGUGUACUACCUCGUCCGGCUGGCGGCGGACCAGGUGCCCCUGAUGGAGGACCUGGAGCGGAUCUUCACGCGCUCGUGGCGCGAGGCGCACCUGGCCGAGACCCGGCGGUACCAGGCGGUGCCGCAGCCCUUCCCCGCCGGCCUCGCGGUGCCCGUGACCCCUGCGCAGCUCCCCUGGCUGGCCGGCCUGGCCGCCAGCUCCUGCGACAACAGCGUGCACGUCCUCGAGUGCUCCUUCUCCCUGGCCGAGGGCCUCUCCGAGACAUUCAGGCUGCUCGUGGAGGGCAAGCUGGCGAAGACCAACUACGUGGUGAUCAUCUGCGCCUGCAAGGGCGCGGCCAUCGACUCCUGCAUUGUGGUGACCGGAAAAUACCAAGCCCGGAUUCUCUCUGAGAGCCUCCUCACGCCAGCAGAGUACCAGAACGAGGUCAAUUAUGAGCUGGUCUCCGGGAGAGUGGACUCACUGGGGGCCUUUUUUAGCACCCUCUGUCCAGAGGACGACAUGGACAUUCUGCUGGACAGAUUUUACCAGGAGAGUCAAGGCCAUGUUUCUUCCUCGCCUGCUACCUCCUGUGUCUCCAACGCCGUGUCCGUGGACAUCGGUGGCGCCCCAGCCUGCACAGGUCCCUGUGUGCAGCUGCAGCCCCUCCGGCCCUUCCAGGUGGCCGUGGCCGAGAAGCUCCUCUCCCACGUGUGCUCAAUUGCGGAUUCCAGCACCCAGAACCUGGACCUGGGGUCCUUCGAGAAGGUCGACUUCUUGAUCUGCGUCCCGCCCUCGGAAGUGGCCUUCCAGCAGACCUUGUCGCAUGUCCAGCACUCAGGGGUUUUACUGGAGCUUGGCUUGGAAAAGGAGCACAUGACCAAGCAGCGAGCAGAACAGUAUGUUUUGAAGCUAGAUGCGGAGGCUCAGACAAAGUUUAAGACCUUCCUGCAAAGCUCCUGUCAGAACCCGCACACUCUGUUUGUGCUGAUCCACGACCACGCCCACUGGGACCUCGUCAGCAGCGCCGCUCACAGCCUCUGUCCUCAAAGCGAUGUGCCUGUGGGGCUGGUGGACAGACUGCUCAACUGCAGGGAGGUGAAAGAGGCCCCCAACAUCCUAACACUGCACGUGACGUCCUUCCCGUAUGCGCUGCAAACGCAGCGCACCCUCGUGAGCCCGUACAACGAGGUCCACUGGCCCGUAUCCUGCAGCAGUGAGGUGGACUUGUGUCGCAGUAAUCAGAAGUACUUUGGGCUGUCGGAGUUUGUUGACUCCACCCUGUCAGGACACAGCCUCCCCUUGCUCAGAUACGACAGCUCCUUUGAGGCCAUGGUCACCGCGUUAGGAAAGAGGUUCCCUCGCCUGCACAGCGCCGUGAUCAGGACCUUCGUGCUCGUGCAGCACUACGCGGCCGCCCUGAUGGCUGCCAGCGGCCUGGCGCAGAUGAAGCAGCACACGUCCGUGGAGACGCUGGAGAUCGCGCAGCACCUCCUGGACGCGCCCGGGCGCUGCGCCUGCGGCCACGGGGUCAUGGUCCUGCUGCGCGUGCCCUGCGCGCCCCUGGCGGCCGCGGCCCACGAGCGGCUCUCCCGCGUGCGGGAGCGGCUGGCGCUGGAGCAGCGCUUCGAGAUCAUCCUGGCCGACCCCGGCUCCGGCCUCUCGGUCGGGAAGCACUUCGUGAAGCAGCUCAAGAUGUGGCAGAAAAUUGACGAUGCAGAGUGGAGACCUCAGACCUUCCUGGAGUUGGAGGGCCUUCCCUGCAUCCUGAUACUCAGUGGGAUGGACCCCCACGGCGAAUCCUUGCCCAGGUCCCUGAGGUACUGCGAUCUGCGCGUGAUGAACUCCUCCUGCUUGGCCAGAGCGGCCGUGGAGCAGGAGCUGGGCCUGGCUGCCCUCUUCGUGAGUGACGAGGGUCCCCCGGAGAAGGGGGCUGUGAGCGAGGCCCCGGAGAGUGAUGCAGACAAGCUGAGCAGCACGGACAACGAGGACGAGGAGCUGGGGACAGAGGGCUUGGCGGUCGGUGGCGAGUCCUCAGCUCUGCUGGAGGGUCCCCCACCUGGGCACUGGAGACGCCCAGUGGGACAGGACCCCCAGCCUGACCUCGGCCUCAGGGCACCCAGGCCGGUGCCCUGUUCGUCCUCGCAGCUGGCCUCUGCGGUGCCCACGGCCAGCAUGCCUGUCCUGCAGGCCCCGCAGUGUGCCCUGGCCACAGCGUGCCGGCGGCCACCACUCAUCUUCCUGCCCAAGCUGGUGUAUGACCUGGUCACCUCCAUGGACGGCAGCGGCCUGCCCAAGGCUGCCUCGCUCCUGCCCGCCCCCUCAGUCACGUGGACCAGCUCCUUCCGGCCCCUGCUCAGCAAGACCAUGACAGCCACCGAGCAGUCCCUCUACUACCGGCAGUGGACGGUGCCGCGGCCUAGCCACAUGGACUACGGCCACCACGCCGCCCCCCGCGGGGGCAGCUUCCACCCCCGGCGGCUGCUGCUCAGCGGACCCCCCCAGGUCGGGAAGACGGGCGCCUGCCUGCAGUUCCUCAGCAUUUUGUCCAGAAUGCUCGUCCGACUGACCGAGGUGGACGUCUACGAUGAGGGAGAGAUCCACACCCACCUCCGAGAGGAAGCAGGUCGGCAGUACAUGCAGCUCAGUGACCCCUGGCCAGACCUGGAGCUGCUCAGGAAGAUGCCUUUCGACUGUGUUAUCCACGACCCAAAGUACGAGGAUGCCAGUGUGAUUUGUUCACACCACCAGCACAUAAAGAGUGAAGACCGAGGGACAGCCCGAAAGGCCGAGGAGCUGUACGUGCGGCGCCAGACGGCGCGGGUGAGGCUCUCCAAGUACGCAGCGCACAACACGUACCACCACUGCGGGCAGUGCCACCAGUACAUGGGCUUCCACCCCCGCUGCCAGCUCUAUGAGUCCACGCUCCACGCCUUUGUCUUCUCCUUCUCCACGCUGGGAGAGGAAGUCCAGCUGCACUUCAUCAUCCCCAAGUCCAAGGAGCACCACUUUGUCUUCAGCCAGCCCGGGGGCCAGCUGGAGAGCAUGCGGCUGCCCCUCGUCUCGGACAAGAGCCACGGAUACAUAAAAAGUCCAACGUUCACACCGACCACAGGUCGCCACGAGCACGGGCUCUUCAACCUGUACCACGCGAUGGACGGCGCCGGCCAUCUGCACGUGCUCGUGGUCAAGGAGUACGAGAUGGCCGUGUACAAGAAGCACUGGCCCAACCACGUCGUGCUGGUGCUACCCGAGGCCUUCAACAGCGCUGGCGUUGGGGCUGCCCACUUCCUGAUCAAGGAGCUGUCCCACCGCAACCUGGAGCUGGAGCGCAGCCGGCAGGAGGAGCUGGGCGUCCAGCCCCAGGACAUCUGGCCUUUCAUCGUGAUUUCUGACGACUCCUGCGUCAUGUGGAACGUGGUGGACGUCGACUGUGCUGGGGAGAGAAGCAGGGAGCUCUCCUGGUCCGAGAGGAACGUAUCCUUGAAGCACAUCAUGCAGCACAUCGAGGCGUCCCCCAAUGUCACCCAGUACGCCCUCAUUGGGAUGCGGAAGUGGUCGAGCAAGACCAGGGCCGCGGAGGUGCGGGAGCCUUUCUCCCGCUGCCACGUCCAUGACUUCGUCAUCCUGAAUGUGGACCUGACACAGAACGUGCAGUACAGCCGGAACCGGUUCACCUGUGAUGACGUGGACUUCAACCUGCGGGCGCACAGCGCGGGCCUCCUGCUCUGCCGCUUCAACCGCUUCAGUGUGAUGAAGAAGCAGGUGGCGGUGGGCGGGCUGCGCGCCUUCCCCAUCACGGCCACGGCGCCCGACCACCCCGCGGCCGUCGUGCCGGCCCAGUACGUCUGCGCCCCGGACAGCAGGCACACGUUUCUCGCGGCCCCCGCGCAGCUCCUGCUCGAGAAGUUCCUCCAGCACCACAGCCACCGCUUCUUCCCGCUCUCGCGCAGGAGUCUCCACCACCCCGUGCUGUCCGUGGACUGCUACCUCAGCCUGGGGCCCCAGAUUUCAAUUUGUUACGUGAGCUCCCGGCCUCACUCCUCAGACAUCAGCUGCCCCGACUUGAAGUUCAGUGGACUCCUUUUGUACCUCUGUGACGCGUUGGUCGGGGCUAGCUUUCUGAAAAAGUUUCAUUUUCUGAAAGGUGCGACCCUGUGCAUCAUCUGUCAGGACCGGAACUCACUGCGCCAGACGGUUGUGCGCCUGGAGCUGGAAGACGAGUGGCAGUUCCGACUGCGUGAUGAAUUCCAGACCGCCAAUGCAAAGGAGGACAGGCCUCUCUUUUUUCUGACUGGACGACACAUCUGAGGGGGCACCAGCAGCCUCUCUGGGAGAAAGAGCGUGCAGCCCCCCCGUGCUGCCGAGGCUGGAGGAGGUCACGGAACCCUGGUGCCUGAGCCAGAACGGGCGCCAGACACUGUGACGUCCACCCCUUGUGGUGCUUGUCAGGGAACCAGGGCUGAGAAAUGGAAGGGGACUGAUGGCGCGUGGACGGCCAGCAGAACGCAAACCCACGGCUCCUGAGCUCCGUGCUGGAGCUCUGUCCACUGUAACAUAUGGCCUUGGGCUGUUUUGAAGUUUGUUUUAUGAAGAACGGAUUUUUGACCAUUAGCUGUCACUCAUGUGCUUCCGUGGACAAACCUGAAUUUUCUCUUAGCCCUGAAGAAUUUCUGUUGCGGAGGUUCCAGUGUCUCAGUGGAUAUGAUUUCAGCUAUGCAGGUUUUCCUGUAACUGACUACAAAGCAAUAUUCUACAAGAACAUUUUAAGUGUUAAAGACUGGGACAAGAAAAAACUAAGAAUUAGGUCUUUAAUAAGAAUUGCUUAACUGCCUACAAGUUUUCUUUUUUAGAAGCUAGCCCAAAGGCAUCAAAUUUAAUAAAGAAAAACAAAUGGUUUUACUUCAGAGCAAAGAAGAUACUAUUAAAAUGGUGUAGGGUAAAAGCAAACGUGAACGGAAGCUUCCAUUAGGGCGACAGCAGUUUCAGGAUGGAAAUGAGUGUUAACAGAGGUUGAUCUUCUUAAGAAAUAGAAUUUGCCUCACAAAGGAAAGAGGAGAAAAUUGCUUGCAUGAAACAAUAAAAAACAAUCAAAAUUUUAUAUAAAAUAAUUGAUCAGCACUAGGCUCAUGACUGUAAUUCAUUGAAGCUGAGUUUCCUGUUCCUUAAACGGCUUGUUUUCUCUAGUUUGUGUUGGUUCCCUUAGGGAGAGUCUCUCUUGACCCUGGAGGAAGAGGGAGGAACGCAGGGUCGUCCAUCACCCGCACCCCCUCGGGCGCCUGCCGCCCUGCCUUUCAGCCGCCAUUCACAGAUCCCACUGUUGGCCACGCUCUUACGUGUGUUACCUUAUUUAAUCCUUCCAGUGGCGUGUGUGUUUGGAAUUACUCUUCCCAUUGCAGGAUGAAAAGACUGAGGUGCAGAGAGUGCGAUUCACCCAGACCACAAGCAGAGGGAGCUGGGAGCCCGGCUCAGCGGCCCCCGGUCCCGCCACCAGAGAAGGGAGAGACGCGGUGCUCUCGGCUUCCGCUUCCGCGUGCACGGAUGAGUCGCCAGGAUGCACGCGCUUCAGCCGUUCAGACGUUUACGGCACUCUAAUGGAUAACUAUCCCAUUUUAAAAGAUGAUGCCAAAGAGUUAAUUUCAAUCUUUUUCCCCUAAGAAAAAAGUCCAUGAGUGUAAAAGAUUUAGGUCAACGUUUAUAAAAUGAUCACUUUGUAAAAGAAAAAACUUCCUUUAGUUACAUUUGUCUUUUGUAAAUAGCAACUUCUGUGCAGUUCUCCCCAUUUAAUUUGUUAAUUUAAACU